AUGCCACAGAGCCUCCCCACCCCAUCCACCCGUACCUGCAGGCACACCGAGACCCUCUCCUGGCUUCGCUCCUCGCGUGACUGGACGCCGCUCCACCACCUGGAGGAGCUCUCCGCCCAGCGCACGGCGGAGCUCCUACGCGGGGGCGCGAGCGUGCACGCCGGGCUGCCCUCGCCACUCGAGCGGGCGCGUCGCGUUGAAAGCGAGGCGAGCGCACUGGUGCGGCUGGCGGUGGAGCCAUGGUCCAUUGUGACGCACCGCUUCUUCCCGCCGCAUGCGCGGGCGCGCGCGGUGGAGCUGCUGCGGCUCGGCUACCUGCUCGCGUGGUCGCCACCCCUGCGGAUGCGGCAGGCGGCGGCCCUCGUCGACGCCUGGCGUGCGCACGUGCUGCCGCACGCUGUCCAGCGCGACGAGGACAUGGCCAUCAAGCACGAGCCGGCGAUGGUCCGCCGCUGGGACCCGUUCGCGGGCCGCUUCAAGGACAUCUACACCGGAGGGUUCGCCCUGGACGCGUUUGAGCCGAUCGAAUGA